CUCUUGGCAUUCGCUCCAGUGCGCGCGCACAACCCUCUGGCAGAGCGCGCAUCCCUGCUCCCGCCUCUUUCCCCCUCGUCUCCCUCCUCGGUCGAUCGGUCCCUCCUUCUUCCCUCCUCAAUUUGUUAUUGACCCGGCAGCCCAGCCCCCUGGCAGCGGCGGCGGCGGUGGCACUCCUUCUGCCCCUGUGUGCCAGCCCGGCUCUGUGCCAGGAGGAGGUGUCCCCUGCCCUGCUGCGCUGCCUGCUUUUCUCCAGCAGCCCCGGGAGGGUCUCCAGGGAUGGGCCACAGCGACCCGGUGCUAGAUGUUGGUGGCAGUGAGGGUGAGGACAGCAGCUGCUGCCGCAGAAACCCCUGAGCCGAAGAAGACUCUUAUUAUAGACCAGCGGGCGGCAGACGGGGCUCUGCGACUCACCUCUCAGGCAGAGCUGAAGGGGAAGCGGGGGCCACCUCGGGGCCACAGUGGGGCCUGGAGCUCACCGUCCACUGACCCAGCAGCCCCUCAGCCUGGGGUCUGGCCUCUGCCUGCCUGCGGGCCAUGGACUGAGGUUGCACACACACUCAGGGGCUGACUCUCCCUGGAGCCUGCUGUCCAUUCAGCAUGCUGGCCCCGGACAGCGGCCCUGAGCAGAGGAGCCGGCGAGCCCUGACGCGGAGGCAGGUCUCCUGGUUCACCUGCUGGAUGACCCUGUGUGCCGCCGAGGCCCUCCCCGUCUGCCCCUUCUCCUGUAAGUGUGAUAGCCUCAGCCUGGAGGUGGACUGCAGCGGCCUGGGCCUCACGGACGUGCCCCCCGACGUGCCCGCGGCCACCCGAACCCUCCUGCUCUUGAACAACAAACUGGCCACGCUGCCGAGCUGGGCUUUUGCCAACCUGUCCAGCCUGCAGCGACUGGACCUUUCCAACAACUUCCUGGACCAGCUGCCCCGCUCCAUCUUCGGGGACCUGGCCAACCUGACGGAGCUGCAGCUGCGGAACAACAGCAUCAGGACCCUGGACAGGGACCUGCUGCAGCACUCGCCCCUGCUGCGACACCUCGACCUGUCCAUCAACGGCCUGGCCCAGCUGCCCCCUGGCCUCUUCGACGGGCUGCCGGCCCUGCGCUCCCUGUCGCUCCGCUCCAACCGCCUGCAGAGCCUGGACAGAGGGACCUUCGAGCCCCUGACCAGCCUGCAGCUGCUGCAGGUGGGGGACAACCCCUGGGGGUGCGACUGCAGCCUGCGGGACUUCAAGCACUGGAUGGAGUGGUUCUCCUACAGAGGGGGGCGCCUGGACCAGCUCGCCUGCACCUUACCCAAAGAGUUGAGGGGGAAGGACAUGCGUGUGGUCCCCAUGGAGAUGUUCAACUACUGCUCCCAGCUGGAGGACCAGAAUAGCUCGGCUGGGCUAGAUAUUCCCGGGCCACCGUGCACCAAGGCCAGCCCAGAACCUGCGAAGCCCAAGCCCGGAGCGGAGCCCGACCCCGAGCCCAGCACCGCCUGUCCCCAGAAGCAGAGGUACCGGCCGGUGAGCGUGCGGCGGGCCAUCGGCACUGUCAUCAUCGCGGGCGUGGUGUGUGGCAUCGUCUGCAUCAUGAUGGUGGUGGCCGCUGCCUACGGCUGCAUCUACGCCUCCCUGAUGGCCAAGUACCACAGGGAGCUCAAGAAGCGCCAGCCCCUCAUGGGGGACCCCGAGGGCGAGCAGGAAGACCAGAAGCAGAUCUCAUCUGUGGCAUGAGCGCCUCC